AUGGUUCCGAUAAUUGUUCGCGUAAUUUGUGAGGAUGUAAUAACAGAUGUUCCAAUAACACCUGAAACUACCUGUUAUGACGUUGUCGAAUGUUGUAGAGAUCCUGGAGAUGACCUAUGCAAUUUGGUUCAAAUUUGGAGAAAUUAUGAAAGGAUUCUUCGAAGUGAGGACAAACCUUUGGAAAUUCUACAAGAGUGGGGACCGCAACAAGAUGAAGUUAAAUUUGUAUUAAGGUACACCGUUUUAUCAAAACCUGAUAAUUUGGUGAAAAGUGAAAUUUUGAUUAACGCGAAGUAA